GCCUCGCCCACACGACCCACACGGCUAUGACGCACCGGACGCACGAACGCUCCCCGUCCCCCCAGCCCGACGCCUCAGAGCCCGGGCUGCUCAAAAGGCUCAAGUCGAGCCACAUCUCGGGAACCGGCGCCGCCUCGAGCGCGACCGUCGACCCGACCCCGCACUUCGCGCCGGACCUCUUUGGGCCGUCGAAUAUCCACCGGCUGCACACCGAGUACGACGCGAGCGCGCCCUUCAAGCACGCCGUCGUCGACAAGCUCUUCCAGGACGAUCUCCUCCAGCGCGUGAAGGACGAGGCCUUGGCAGAGCUCAGCUUCUCGGAAAAAGAGACAGAUAUCUACAAGGUCUACCAAACUGGCGACCUCGCCUCGCUCAACUUCCUCGACCUGCAGCAGAUCGCGCUCCUGCCAUCACUGCUUACACUGCGCGAUGCACUCUACUCGCCCAUGUUCCGCUCCUUCCUGCGCGCGGUCACCGGCUGCGGCCCGCUCUCGGGCACGAAGCAGGACAUGUCCAUCGUCAGCUACCGCAAGGGCUGCCAUCUGCUCAACCACGACGACGUCAUCGGGACCCGCCGCGUCUCGUACAUCCUUUACAUGCCGCUCCCACAUUACCAGGGCUGGCAGCGCGAGUGGGGCGGCGCGCUCGAGCUGUACCCCGUCAGACCGGGACCGGACGGUGUGCCCGAGCCCGAGGCGGUCCCGAGCAAGAGCAUCCCGCCCGUGUGGAACCAGUUUGUGUUUUUCGAGGUGCAGCCAGGACACAGCUUCCACUCGGUCGAGGAGGUAGUCGUGGGCGAGUCGGAGGACGGCCGGCAGCGGUUGAGCAUCAGUGGCUGGUUCCAUGCCGCUCAGCCUGGAGAGGAGGGCUACCAGCCAGAGCACCAGCCAGAGCUGAAGAGCUCACGAGAGCAACUUGCCUCCACCCAGACGGACUUCCGGGCGUACCCCGAAAACAUCGAGCCUCCACUCCCGAGCGAUUCGUUGACAGAAGACCACGUAUCCUUCCUCUCCGAGUACCUCAACCCCGUCUACCUCCAGACACGUACCAUGAAGGCUCUCGCGUCCCGCUUCGUCGAAGAGUCCAGUCUCGAGCUACACUCCUUCCUCUGUGCCCCACUCGCCGACAAACUGCGCGCCGGGCUCAAGGACAGGGACGACGCAGACGGGCUCGGCCCGAACCGCCCCACACGCAUCCCCCCACACUCCGCAGGGGCAGAGGGCGCGUGGGAGUUGCGCGGUCCUCCACACAAAUGGCGCUACUGCACGCUUCGGGCCCCUGGGGGCGGCGCCCGUAUGGCGGUCAGCCCACGCUGGGCACAUACGGACCCGGACGAGGCGGUACGCAGCCUACAGGACGAACUGCUCCCGAGCCCUGCGUUCCGUGCAUGGCUUGCGUGCGUGUCGAAUCUGCUCCCGAUGCGCUAUUCUGCGGAGGCGCGCCGCUUUAGGCCUGGCCUGGACUAUACGCUCGCGACGAGCGAGGCGAAGGACACGCGGCUAGAUGUCGUCCUCGGACUUACGCCGCAAAUUGAGGGGCACGAUACGGCGCCCGCGAGUGGCAGUGGCGAGGAGGAGCCGUUGCGAGGGUGGCAGAGCGGAGAGUGGGGAGCUUGGGAGUGCUACAUGGCGCCUCACGACGAGGAAGACGACCCGGCGGUCUACCGCUCGGGCUCGCACAAGAAGACGGUCAACGGCGCGAACGGUACCAACGGUACUAACGGCCACGUCGCGGACGAAGAGGCGGAGAUGGCCGAUGCGGACGACGAAGACGCAGACGAGGACGAUGAGGAAGACGACGGCACACUGCUGACGGUCCAGCCGGGCUUCAACCGGCUGCUGCUUGUCCUGCGCGACGAAGGCGUGAUGCGCUUCGUCAAGUAUGUCUCCGCCGCAGCCGAGGGCUCGCGGUGGGACAUCUGCGGCGAGUUCGAGAUUGGGAUGGUGCAGGAGGAGUCCGGGGACGAGUCGUGAAAGAGCUGCGCGCGCGUAGCGCUGUGGUCAUCCUCUCCUACGGCAGAGUGCCACAUGUACACCCAUAUAUUUUUCCCGGUGAUAGUAGCAGUAGCAGUAGUUGUAGUAGUGCUUGUAAUGCCAUACCAUU